UGACACAAAAGUUCUGUGAAAAGUAACACCACUUCUACCUGAAUAGGUUUUGUAGUUUUUUUCCACCACAGACGUCUGGUGUUCAAAAUGUGUUCCAAAAAUAGAAACAUGCAAAUAGAAAGGAAAUAGAAAGAGGACUGGUGACUUGUAGCUCAGCCAAUCAGAUGAAAUUCUCUAGUAUAAAACAUGUGCUUUCCUCAUUUGACUAUUUUUUCAACCUGUGUAUCAUUUCACCUCUGAGGAUGACUUCAAUCUGGACAAUUAUUUUAUUUCUCAACACAAUAUCUCCAGCUAAAGCUAUGGAUUUUUCCAGACCAUCGUUUCUCUCAUUGAAAUCCAGAGAACCUGUUACUCUUAAAUGCCCAUUUGGAGACAAUCCUAAGACUGAACAUGUGGUUUGGUUCAAGCAAAUAUUUGGAGAAAUGCCUCAAAAAGUGGGAGUAAGGUCAAUCUAUAAUGAUUUCAAAAUGUUUCCCAAUUUUGAGAAGUCAGGAUUUCAACUGGAGGAGACUGAUAACAGCAUUUCUCUGACAAUUCCACAUAUUAAAAAAGAAGACAGAGGAUUUUACUUCUGUGGAAAAUUUAGCUGGGAGAAUUUUAUAUUAUCAAGUGGAACGUUCUUGGCUGUAGAAGAAGACAGAGAUGUAACUUUCACGGUGUCACAGCGCAGCGUGUCGGACUCGGUUCCUGCAGGAGCCUCAGUGACUCUGCAGUGCUCGGUUCUCUCUGAGAGCAGAGCAGCAGAACUCCAAGUGCUCUGGUUCAGAGCUGCUCCACCACAAUCCCAUCCUCAAAUCAUUUACACUCAUCACAACAGCAGCCAUCAGUGUGAGAGCGGCUCUUCUACACACACCUGUGUGUACAACUUCACCAAGAACAUCCUCAGCCUCAAUGAUACUGGAACUUACUACUGCGCUGUGGUCCUGUGUGGGAAGAUCAUAUUUGGAAAUGGGACACGAAUACAGCUGGAGAACUCUGGGAGAUCGUUAGGUCCUGAAGUCAUCUACGUCACUGUGGUGGCCGUGUGUGUGGUUGUGAUCUUUACUCAAGCUUUUAUAAUCUAUAAAUUGAGAAACUGUGACAAAUCCAGAGUGAAACCUCAACAAGAUUCUGUGGUAGAAAAACCCAGCAAUCUGGGUGCUGAUACAGAGGAGCUGACUUACACUUCUUUACAUUUCAGUAAGAAGAAUACCAAAAGAGUGACCAAAAAGAGAGAAAAACCUCAAGAGUGUGUUUAUUCUGAAGUCUCGACUGCCCCCUAGAUUAUAUUUCUAAUAUAAUUUAUUCAUUAGAUUCAUUUUUCAGAAGCAAAGUUUGUGUGUUUUAAUCUGUAUGACUAUUUUUGUGUAAUUCUAUGUGUAAAAUUCAGCACAGCCAUCAAACAUUCUCUUUGUGUGGUGUCUAUGUGUCAAAACACCAACACACUUGUACUCACAGCACACUUUUUAUGCACAUUAAAUCAUUUUCAAGGUCACAUAGUAAGGCAUUAAUAUUAAAAUUAGCGUAAUGCGUAUUCAGAACUAAGUCUAGCUUAACAGAUUUUCAGACAGUUGUGUAAAACAGUGAGUAACUUUACACUUACAAAGUGAACUAUGUGGUAGAUGGACUGAUAAACUGACCUGAUGGUAAUGAGUGAGUAGAAUGAGAGUAAACAAGAGGUGUAGGGACAAAAGUUUCAUUUCCUGAUCUUGUGGCUAAC